AUGCCGCGGCCCCCGAACCAGGGUAGUAGCCCCGCCGUCGCUGCCACGGACGCCCCUGGGUGUGACAGCCUGAAAGGGCGGCUAACAAAUCCCAGUGUGUGUGACCUCUCCCCCCUGCUAACCUCUUCCUCCUCUCUUUCUCUCUCUCGCUCUUUUUCUGUGUUUCUGUUUCCAGAGGGGACGUCGCUGGCGGAGCAAGUGCGAAGGAUAAAGGACAUUGAGGCCAUUGAGAGCGAAUCCUUUGUUCCCCAGGCUUUCAAAUCAUCCCGAGACGGUGUCAAGACCGAGGCAGUGAAAGUUGAGCAGGAACCGGACGACCCACCUCUGCUCCUUCCAGACAUCAGCUCUCUACCUACCACAAUCCGCUACAACGACAGCGACACGCUAGCACACCCCAGUUUGUUCCUGGACAAGGAGAAGGCCGAGGAGCUGUGGCUCAACAGGCUGAUGUCCCUCCGCCAGGAGAGGCUCAUGGGAAGUCCUGUGCCCUGAUUGGACCAGCAGCUCCCCGGACCAAUAGAAUCGUCUGAAUUGAGGAAACUUUGGUCCUGGACUAAAUCCACCUGUCCUCACCAUGAGUAGGGCCAGUAGUUUUUCCUGACCACGUGACCUGGCUCUAGUUAGUCUAUCCUUGUCAGGUCACACAGUCAGGAACAACUCCCUGUUCCUAAACAUAAACCUUUAUAAAUGUUUAUUGAACCUCUCAUUCACUGGACUUCCCUCAGACUUUUUGUCAAGAAACUUCUGUCUUUUUAAGAAGAUUCAUAUAUAGUUGAUUUGUUUAUCCCAAAUGAGUUGUUCAAAUGCACAGAAAAUGUGCACUGUCUGUUGGAUAUAUCAAACGUUGAUAAAUUGUGUUUGUGUUAAAUUUGAAUAAAUAUUCUCCCCGGUGAAGAAAAGC